AUGAAAGUUAUCAAGAAUGUCCCACUCCUCCUCUGCCUUCCCCUCACCCACGCCCAAAACUGGACCGCCACAAACGGUAGCGGCGUCAACGCCGCACCCGGCUCCUUCGUCUUCGUCCUGACAAGCGGUCAAGACUCCAAGGGCGCCGACGGCCCCACCCUCUCCCUCUGGACCGAAACCACCCCUACCGUCAACAAAAUGAGCAUCACCAUGUGCACGGAUUCGAGUGAACUGGCGUGGCAGGCAUUCACGGCCACCGACCCCCUACCCGAUCGGACUGCACUAUUCGGCGAAAUGGUGCGGCAACAGUAA